AUGACUACCCCAGGUAUGAAUUUACCCAUCAUGUGCGCCUCGGAGAAGAAACUCGAUUCGCGGCAGGAAGAUGCGAUGGCAAGCAUCACGGUAUCGUCGCGGAUAGCUGAAUUUUGGGCGGACCAGCCGCGACUGUGGUUCGUUCAAUUCGAGGCGGUGGUUGCUAGCCAAAAACUCAGCGAUGCUGCUAAGCAGAACCUGGUGGUGACGAAGCUGACCAAGAGCGCCAUCCAGCAGGUUAGCGACUUACUGCUGAUGCCACCGGAGGAGCGCAGAUAUGAGGCACUCAAGGAGUGGCUGCUGCAGGUAUUUGAGGAGUCGGAGACACGGCAGUUCCAAAAGUUGCUGGGAGAGAUGGAACUGGGCAGCCAGAAGCCUUCCCAACUACUGCGGCGCAUGCGGGACUUGGCACGUUCGAAAAUUCCAGACCCAACGUUGCAAAUUAUGUGGAAUAGCCACCUUCCAGCGGCGGUGCAAGCGGUUUUAGCAGUCACGGAGGUCAAGGAGUUGGACAAUUUGGCCGUGAUUGCCGAAAAGGUCAUUGAGGCCAUCCGGCCAGCAGAGUUAUCGGCGGUGGCGACAUCGAGCUCGAUCCCAAAAGACACCGCCAAAUCUUCAGACCUGGCCGCGUUACAUAAACUGAGUGUCGAGGUUUCGGAACUACGUCGCGCGCGGCAACCAUAUCGUGGUCCACGUAGACGUAAUUCUCGUAGGUCGAGGUCGCGCACUAGGGACGCGUGUAGGCACCGAAGGGAC